AUGGCAUUAGAACAAAUAGAUUAUGAAUAUCAAAGUGGAUUUGGUAAUUCCUUUGAAAGUGAAGCAAUUAAAGGAACAUUACCAAAGGGAAGAAAUGCACCACAAAAUUGUCCACUCGAUUUAUAUGCUGAACAACUCUCUGGUAAUGCUUUCACAGCACCAAGACAUACCCAACAAAGAUCAUGGUUAUAUCGUAUUAGACCAUCAGUUUGUCAUACACCACUUAAACCAAUUGAUUCAGGAUUAGUUUGUGAUUUAAAUAAUUUACAUGUUGAUCCAAAUCAAUUAAGAUGGAAACCAUUCCCAAUUACAGAAGAUAAACCACACGAUUUCGUUGAGGGUCUCAUUACAAUCGCUGGUGCUGGUCAUGCAUCAGUACGUCAUGGUCUUGCAAUUCAUAUUUAUACAGCAACAAAGAGUAUGGAAAAUAAAUCCUUUUAUAACUCUGAUGGUGAUUUCUUAAUUGUACCACAACAAGGUACAUUAGAUAUUCAAACAGAAUUUGGAUUUAUGAAAGUUAAAUCAGGUGAGAUUUGUGUAAUUCAAAGAGGUAUUACAUUUAGUGUUAAUGUUGAAGGACCAACUAGAGGUUAUAUUUGUGAGGUGUUUGGAUCACAUUUUAAACUUCCAGAUUUAGGACCAAUUGGUGCUAAUGGUUUAGCAAAUCCAAGAGAUUUCUUAUCACCAGUUGCAGCCUAUGAAAAGAAGGAAGGUAUUGAACAUACAAAGAUUAAUAAAUUCCUUGGAAAGUUAUUUAGUGCAACACAAACCUACUCACCAUUCAAUGUUGUAGCAUGGCAUGGUAACUAUUGUCCAUACAAGUAUGAUCUCAGUUUAUUCUGUGUAGUUAAUUCGGUUUCAUUUGAUCAUUUGGAUCCAUCGAUUUUCACAGUUUUAACAGCACCAACCAAUGAGGUGGGUGUUGCUGCUGCUGAUUUCGUAAUUUUCCCACCACGUUGGUUGGUUCAAGAGAAUACAUUUAGACCACCAUACUUUCAUCGUAAUUGUAUGUCUGAAUUUAUGGGUUUAAUCCGUGGUGUCUAUGAAGCAAAGAAAGAGGGUUUCUUACCAGGUGGUGGUAGUUUACACAGUUGUAUGACUCCACAUGGUCCUGACUCUGAUACCUUUUAUGCCGCCAUUAAAGCUGAAUUAAAACCAACUAAAAUUCCAGAUGUAGCUUUAGCUUUCAUGUUUGAAUCCUCUCUUAUUUUAGGUAUCUCUGAUUAUGCUAAAAAGAAUUUUAUUGAUGAUGAUUAUUGGAAAUGUUGGCAAGGUUUAAAGGAUAAUUCUAAAAUUUAA